CUUCUUCCAUUAGUUUCCAAUUAAAACCUCUUUCUUUCAACUGAAAUCCUCUUCAGACAGAGAGAGACAGAAAUCGCCGCCGCCAAAAAUGGCUUCCUUCGACGCUUUCAGCGUGGACGGCGACGAUCUUCAUGCCCCGAACAGCCAAUUUGACCAGGACGACGUCGUCGUCGAGAGCUACGCCGACUACGGCUCCUACACCGACCACGGCCCCGCCGCCGCCGCCGCCGCCGCCCCUGACUCCCCGGAUGUUUUCGGAUUCGACGGUCCCAACGCCAACUACUCCCACUCCACUCCCUUCGAUUCAAUUCCAGUUGAGAACGGCAACGGAAAUGGCUACGGCGUUGGCGAGAACGGAAUCGAUGAUGGCGUCUUCACAUCCGAUGGUCCCGUGCUCCCGGAACCUAGCGAGUUUGUCGAGGAAGGUUCCGCUCUUCGUGAGUGGCGGCGUCAAAAUGCCAUCCUGCUUGAGGAGAAGGAGAAGAGGGAGAAAGAACUGAGGAACCAAAUUAUUGAAGAGGCUGAGGAGUUCAAGCGUGCAUUCUACGAGAAGAGGAAGCUUAACGUUGAGACCAACAAGGUCCACAACAGAGAAAAGGAGAAGUUGUUCUUGGUUAAUCAAGAGAAUUUCCAUAAAAACGCUGACAAGCAAAGUUGGAAAGCAAUCGCGGAGCUCAUUCCGCACGAGGUUCCCAACAUUGAGAAGAGGAGAGGCAAGAAGGAUCAAGAAAAGAAACCAGGGAUCCAAGUCAUUCAAGGCCCAAAGCCGGGAAAGCCCACCGAUCUUUCGAGGCUGCGGCAAAUACAUGUGAAGCUGAAGCAUAAAACUCCACCUCACAUGAUUCCACCCCCACCCGCUCCAGCCAAAGACGCCAAAGACGGGAAGGCUCCGGCCAAAGAUGCCAAAAAUGUAAAGGAUGCAGCACCAAAAGCUAAUGCGACUGCAGAAGCUGAGGUGCCUGCUUCAGAAGCCAAGGAUGCCACCUCCAAUGGUUCUUCAAACGCUCCCGAACAAGCCGCUCCUGCACCUGCCGAGGAACUCGCUGCUUAAUUCGAACCCUUCCAUUUUUUUUUUUUUUUUUUGAGAUUCUAAUUAACUAUCGGCUACAAAUCGCCGGCUUCGUUUGCUACUUAUUAUCCGAAGAUUGUAAUAUUUGGCCUCCAUUAAUUAGUGUUUAGGUUUUAAUUGUGCAGGCCUUUAUAUACGUUGGUGUUUGAAUGUGUUGUGUUUGGGAUUUGGGAUUUGGAAUUUUCAUUGUUUGCACACAUUUUAUGAAUAUUUACUUUUUUGGAUCA